AUGGCGCUGCAUCGCGCCCGUGGGGAGAUCUUUCAGAGCAUUCGGGAGUGCUCUCAGGAAGGCGAGCUAAUCGCAUGCGCCGAUGGGUACGAACGUCUAUGCUUUCCGGUGUUGUCGGGUUGGAUCGCUGAUCAACCUGAGCAUUCAAACUUACAACAUAUUAGUACUAGCUCUUGUCCAAGAUGCGAGGUGGAAUUCCACAGUCUUGGGAGCACUCGCCGGAGCCCUACGCGCGAUCACGAGGAUUACCGGGAGAGGGUAAAGCUAUUCAGGGAGAACCCGGGAAACCUGGGACCGGUGGAAUACCUUGUCGCGAGAUCAGUAAAGACACUCUUCAAUGCUUUCUGGGGUAUGCCGAGGGUUAAUCCAUACAAUCUCAACAAACCGGACAUUCUGCACAAUAUCUACCUAGGGAUGUUGAAGCACAUGAUGGAGUGGGUUCAGGCUUUCUUGAAGAAGCACAAUCGAUUGGAGGAAUUUGGCAAGGCUUGGGCCUCAAUUGCGCCUUACCCUGGACUGGCAGUACCGAACAAGGCAUAUCGUGCCACAACCCAAUGGCAAGGGAAGGAGAUGAGAAAUCUGGGGCGGGUCGUUCUUGGAGCACUCGCGGCUGCUUUGAGAAACCCGGGGGUGGCUGUCAGGGGCGACUUCGCAAAGGCAUUGAAAUGUGUACGAGGCUUAAUCGACUUCCACUUAAUGGCGCAGUAUGGGAGUCAUACGACGAGCACACUGAAUUAUAUGGAGAGCUAUCUCGAGGAUUUCCAUAAGCACAAGGAUAUCUUUUUAGAAUUCCGGGCGUACAAGAGGAGGGUUAAGGAUCCGAGAGAUCGGACAAAAGCUGUGAAGACCUCAGGCUCCCAGAGCGCUCAGUGA